AAAUGCCUACGUCGGCAUGCACACUUGCAAGGGUAAACAUGUGAAAUUCCUAUAAAUCAUAAAUUAAUUAUAUAAAUAGUGAAAAAAAUUAAUUAAAUUUUAAAACUAAUUGAUUACUCCUCGGUCAAAAGUCAACGUUCCCAUAUCAUCGUGGUUAGUGUUGGAAACUUGGAAUCUCAAAGCCCUUUCCAUUCCUCUCUAAGCCCAAUGGGCCCAAGUCCAGCCCACAAUCGGAAACCAUCAUCUUCUCCGGCGACGAAGCUCACAACGCUCCCUCUCAUUGCGCUCAUCUUCUACGACGUCUCCGGCGGCCCUUUCGGCCUUGAAGACUCCGUCCGUGCCGGCGCCGGAGCUCUCCUCCCCCUCCUCGGCCUUCUCCUUUUCCCUCUCCUCUGGAGCCUCCCUGAAGCUCUAAUCACCGCCGAGCUCGCCUCCUCCCUCCCCUCCAAUGCCGGCUACGUUCUCUGGGUCUCCUCCGCCUUUGGCCCCUUCAUGGGCUUCCAAGAAGGCUUCUGGAAGUGGACUAGCGGCGCCAUGGACAACGCUCUAUACCCCGUUCUCUUCCUCGAUUACCUUCGCCCAUCCCUCCCCUUCUUCUCCUCCGGCGCUGGCCGAUUCCCCACCAUCUGGAUCCUCACCGCCGCCCUCACCUUCCUCAACUACCGCGGUCUCCACAUCGUCGGCAUCUCCGCUGUUGUCCUCACCGUCUUCUCCGUUUCACCAUUCAUCGCGCUUGUAGUUCUGUCUCUACCACGCCUCCGUCCUCGUCGAUGGCUGACGGUGGAUCUCAAGCGUGUGGAUCUCCGUGGUUACUUCAACUCUAUGCUCUGGAAUCUCAACUAUUGGGACAAGGCGAGCACGCUGGCCGGGGAGGUGGAGGAUCCAGCGAGAUCGUUCCCGAAGGCAGUGUUCGGCGCGCUGGUAUUGGUGGUGGGGUCGUACUUGUUGCCAUUACUGGCCGGGACGGGAGCGAUGGAGGGGAUGAAGGCUGGGGAGUGGGGGGAUGGGUACUUCGCAGAGGUGGGGAUGAGCAUUGGUGGGGCGUGGUUGAAGUUGUGGAUCCAGGCGGCGGCGGCCAUGUCCAACAUGGGAUUGUUUGAGGCGGAGAUGAGUGGGGAUUCGUUCCAGCUUCUGGGGAUGAGUGAGAUUGGGAUGCUCCCUGCUUUCUUCUCUUCCAGAUCCAAAUAUGGCACUCCAACAAUCAGCAUCUUGUUAUCUGCAACUGGAGUCAUAUUCUUGUCAUGGAUGAGCUUCCAAGAGAUCAUCGAGUUCCUUAAUUUCUUGUACGCACUAGGAAUGCUUCUUGAAUUCGCUGCUUUUAUACAACUCAGGAUAAAGAGGCCGGACCUUCACCGACCAUAUAAGGUUCCGGUCGGGACAUACGGCGCCAUUGCCAUUUGUAUUCCUCCGGCACUCUUGCUUAUUCUUGUAAUGUGUCUAGCCUCCCUGAGAACAUUCAUAGUAAGUGGAAUUAUAAUGCUGAUAGGAUUUGUUCUAUAUCCUGCAAUCCAGCUUAUGAAGAACAAACAAUGGGUUCGAUUUAUCGAUCCAUCUGAGCCUGUUGAGAGUUACUUCGAAACAACUGCUUUGCGAUUCGAAAAUGUUGCAGAUGAGGCUUCUUUAAGUUUAUUGCCUGAAUUUUCAUCUAUCAAACAUGAGCUGCCGGAGAAGGAACCCGAUUUGGAGACGAAAUUAGAAUAGAGUGAUGUUAUACUCGACACAGUGAGAUGCGUACUCAGGUAUUACUCGAACAAGAUCGAUACGAAUUUAUACGUCUUGAUUUAUAUAGAGCUUUGUUAGAUGUAUUUCAGAAUGAAAAGCUAGAUGUAUUGUUCUUGUGAUACUUGUAGUAAUAAAAUAUCAAACAAAUGGAUCAAACAGGUGAUAAACAGUUCAAUAGAAACUUAGCAGUUUGGAUAUGCACUUUUACA